UUUUCCUUUUUCGGAAAGUGAACGCCGAGAGGCCAACCCCCCCACGGAGAAACACGGCGUGCAGUAGCAGCCUAGCACCGCUGGGCGUGUAACCCGACACUUACCGUGUCUGUGGCGGAGGUUGAGCCCGUUUAAAAGGGAAAGGGAUGGAAGCAAGCCUCUUUACUCCGUCACCACCUCCGACCGAACCCCGGCACCUUCCUCCGGCCGCGCGUCCCUCACUCUGGAUCAGCCUAAAUGAAUGAAACACUGGGGAAUAUCCACACGCACGCCAGCGGGGAGACUCUGUGUCCAAACGUCAGUCCGCGAGGAUUUUAUGUCGGGCUUGACAGGCUAUAGUCAACAUGCGUUGUCCCUCCCGGAGCUUCACCCCGAGCUUCUCAGAUGUGUGACCGGCCACCGGUGUCUUGCGCCCGCCAUCGCCAAGGAGUCACGCUGUGAUUGACGGAUCACGUUUUUGACUGCCAGGACAAAUGAAUACAAAUGAAUUUAGGCACCCAAAGGAGAGAUUGCAAAACCUCUCAUCUAGACACAAAGAGGGCCUUAUUGCUCUGCACUGUUCUAUACUGUACUUGUUACCUGGGACUUACACAAGUACACUCUGAAGAUGUGGACAUCCUUCAAAAGUUGGGGCUUAGAGGAGACAAGUCGUCACGCUCCGUACCAGCUGGGGUCAUUCCGUUCAGGUCUGGGUUCAUCCUCAACCAGCAGGCGCACAUCGAAAGUCCACUGCGUUCCAUUUUCCCGCCAACAUUUUGGACCAAUGCGGCACUGGUCCUAAGUGUGAGCUCGCACAGAGUAAACAGUGCCUUCCUCUUCACCCUGCUCUCGGAGAAUAAAAAGCUUCUUCUGGGCCUACAACUUAUUCCGGGGAGUCUAGUCCUCCACACGGGCCCAAACACUUCGGUGGCACUGCCCUAUGAACCCCAUGACGGCCAGUGGCACCAGCUGGCGUUAGGAAUUAAUGGACAGAAAGUGACUCUAUAUGCCUCCUGCGGAGAGCAGAGUGUUCAUGUGGAUUUUGGGUGGGACAAUGCGGAAGGACUGGCCCAGGAGCGCCAGGACUCCUUCCUGCUGGGGCGGUCAAGCCAACAUCAAGCCUCAGUGCACUUUGAAGGAGCCAUCUGCCAGUUUGACCUGAUCCCCUCUGCCCAGGCAGCUCACAACUACUGCAAGUACAUUAAGAAACAGUGCAGGGAAGCCGACACAUACAGGCCUAACCUUCAACCCUUGCUGCCCAUUUUCCCUAUACAAACCAACAUAUCAUCUACAGCUGUUCCUAAGCAUGGUAGACCAGUAACAGCCAAAAAGGCCUCCGCUUUUAACCUUGCCCGGAGUGUUGCGGCUGCUGCCUCUGCCGUCAGAUAUGUCUCCCUCUCCCAAACAAUAAAGCCCACCCUUGGCACCACUCCUACAACUUUGCUGGCCACCGUAAUGCCAGUCACAGCUCAGCUUGGCCUCUCUGCUCCUCCAACCAAGGCAAGAACUGAAACGGUCACAGCUCAACUUAGGACCACAGUAUUCCCAACCAAACCACCUGCUACAAGACUAUCCACCUCCAAAACAACGAUUCAAACAUCACCCAAACUUACUUCCCAAAAGCCUACUGCACAAAGCAGUGCCAAAACGAAGAUUGUGGUAACCGAAAAGAAAAGGAAACCUUCUCCUCCAGUCACUGCUAGCCCCAAACCUUCUAAGAAAAAAACAGACAACAUUUUAUCAGAUCCACCUCUAAAAAAACCACAGCCAACCACAGCCAAGAAAACACCCACCAAACCUAAAGUUGCACCAUCCAAAGCCACUCUCACUAAACCCAAGUUUAACCUUGUCAAAGCGCCAAUCUUUAAACCAGCACUAUCCAAAGUGAACCCCUCAAAACCAACCAUCUCAAAGACUACCGCUAAAAACGCCAAGCCAAAGCCCACCAAGCAAGCCAAAACCACCAAAGCCCCGGUGACUUCGCAGCCUACCAGACCUUCGUACCAUGUUGUAACGUCACCUGCCACAGACAGCUUCCAGAGCUGGGAGUUUGCUCCAACUCAAUUCUCCCUACUAGCUGGACCAGGAGGAGACAAAGGAGAACAGGGCCCUUCGGGACUUCAAGGACCUCCAGGGAAGCCAGGCCUGCAAGGCAAGAGGGGUCCUCGGGGUCCUCCGGGUCCUCAUGGAAACCCUGGCCGAUCCGGUCCACCUGGUCUCAAGGGUAGAAAAGGAGACCCUGGCAUCUCACCUGGGCCAGCCCCCAAAGGAGAGAAGGGAGACUUAGGGAUCCUUGGUCCCUCUGGACUUAUUGGUCAAGAAGGUCGAAAGGGACAGAAAGGUUACCCCGGUCCACCUGGUCUCCCUGGAGAAUCCGGAGAGCAAGGUCCAGUCGGAAGCCCAGGUGCCAAAGGUUAUCCUGGCAGGCAGGGUCUACCUGGGCCAAUAGGACCAAUGGGGCCCAAAGGCGUGCGGGGUUUCAUUGGAAUCCCCGGGCUUUUUGGCCUCCCUGGGCCUGAUGGCGAAAGAGGCAUUCCCGGCGAACCAGGGAAGAGGGGCAAGAUGGGUAGGCCGGGUUUUCCUGGGGACUUUGGAGAGCGAGGACCACCUGGGGCGGACGGAGAACCAGGCCAGCUGGGAGCACCCGGUCCAAAUGGAGUUCUCGGACUAAUUGGUGAUAUGGGACCUGUUGGAGAGAUGGGCCUUCCAGGACCGAAUGGACUGAAGGGGGUGCCUGGAAAUCCCGGAGAACCAGGACUGAAAGGUGAUAAGGGUGACAUUGGGAUAUCAGGCGAGCAAGGCGAGACGGGCUACAAAGGAGACAAGGGCAUCCAAGGAGCUCCGGGUCCACCUGGCAUCCACGGAAAACCAGGACCGCCGGGCAGUCCAGGCGAUAAAGGCCCCGAUGGCACAGCAGGACCAAUCGGCCUUGAAGGUUUUCCUGGAGACAUGGGACCACCGGGAGAGAACGGCCUUGAAGGGCCAAAGGGAAAGCUAGGGACAAGAGGUUUACCUGGGCCACAAGGGGUAACUGGCUUGGAGGGAGACGAGGGCCCUAUCGGACCACCAGGACCAAUGGGAUUGGAGGGUCGACUGGGCAGAAAAGGAUUCCCUGGGAAGGUCGGGCCUGAGGGAGUGAAGGGAGAGACUGGCAUCACAGGAAAAGUUGGAUCGAUGGGGGAAAGAGGCUUGGUUGGUUUUAUCGGACCUGUGGGAGAGGCAGGGCUGGCGGGAGAGAAGGUAACAUUCCGUUUGGAUUCAUCGGUUACAGCUCUUCAUCCGGUGGAUUUUUACACCCGAACUCUUUUGGGUUUUCAGGGAGACCGAGGGUCCAUGGGCCUUCCUGGACCGGCUGGAGAAAAGGGUUCUACGGGUCACCCAGGGACACCAGGGGAGACCGGGCCUUCAGGACCACCAGGCAGACCAGGACCCCCAGGGGGAACGGGACCCGCAGGUACCAGGGGACCCAAAGGUUUGCGGGGCGCCACGGGUCCUGACGGUCCAACGGGAGAGAUAGGGUUAGAGGGCAAGAAGGGUCUCGAUGGUCCUCCAGGAAAAAUCGGCUUCCCCGGACCCCAGGGGAAAAUCGGGGAUCCUGGAGAAACUGGGUCUAAAGGUUUUCCUGGUAUCCAAGGGUCAUCUGGACCACCAGGGGACAAGGGAAUCGCAGGCGAGCAGGGACCUCCUGGACCACCGGGCACUAUUGGUCUCUUAGGAGAAAUUGGUCAGAAGGGUCCUCCAGGGAACCUUGGGGAGCCAGGACUGCCUGGCGAGCCAGGGGAGAAGGGAGCUAUCGGACCUGCUGGGAACAUCGGGGAGCAGGGACUCAUUGGGCCGCGGGGUGAACCGGGUUUGGAGGGAGAGGCUGGUGCUGCUGGUCCAGAUGGAGCCAAGGGGGAUAAGGGUGACAUGGGUCAAGAGGCCGACCAAGGUGAAAAAGGCGAAACUGGUUUAAAGGGAAAGGAGGGUCCUGCCGGAAGUCCUGGAAUCCCUGGUGUCAGAGGCCAAGAAGGGAAAUCUGGCAAAAUUGGUGAACAAGGCAAACUAGGACCAAAGGGUGCCAAAGGCCACCAAGGUCACCUCGGGGAGACCGGGUCGGUGGGCAAGACAGGACCACAAGGUACCAUCGGUCCAAAGGGCUCCAGAGGAACCAUCGGACAUGUGGGAGCUCCAGGAAGAAUGGGUCAGCAGGGAGAACCAGGCAUUUCAGGUUAUGAGGGCCAUCAGGGACGGUCGGGCCCAAUGGGGCGUCCAGGACCAAAAGGUGAAAAGGGCGAACAGGGCGAUGAUGGGAAAAUUGAGGGUCCUCCUGGUCCUCUCGGUGACAUAGGUCCUCCAGGCGACAGAGGAGAGAGAGGGGAACCAGGCGACCCAGGAUACAAAGGUCAAGUGGGUUUAGAUGGUGAAAGAGGAAGACCUGGAGCUCUUGGACUUCUUGGACACCCUGGACCUCGAGGAAUUCAAGGACUCAAAGGGGCCAAAGGAGACCUAGGUCAAAAAGGCAAAAAGGGUCUUGUAGGACCAAAGGGAGCCAGAGGAACGGAGGGGACUGGCGGCACUUCUGGUCCAAGAGGUGUGGUGGGUCGAGAAGGGCAGGAGGGUUUGCCCGGGAUGGACGGAACGCCAGGAAAGGAUGGAAGUAAAGGCAUGCCGGGAGAGCAUGGAGACGACGGAGACUUUGGCGUCCCUGGCAAAGCUGGCGGUCGUGGAAAGCCGGGUGUUCCAGGACUUCCAGGAGACCAAGGUGUCUAUGGACCAAAGGGUGACCGAGGUCUCAGAGGACAGAGUGGACCUCCAGGCAAAAGAGGCUUCCGAGGCGGGAUGGGACUUCCAGGGUCGCAGGGAGAUCGAGGACCGAAAGGACAACCUGGUGAUGUUGGAGAAUCUGGAUUUCCGGGGAUAUUUGGUGUUUUUGGUCCAAAGGGACCUCCUGGAGACUUUGGUCCAAAAGGCAUUCGAGGACCAAAGGGGCCCAUAGGAAGCAUGGGUAGAGGAGGAGUCAUAGGCCCUGCAGGAAUAAUUGGCCCCAAUGGAAGAGCGGGUCCCAGAGGGGAGAAAGGCAACCGUGGAACUAUGGGAGUACAAGGACCUAGGGGAUCCCCCGGACUGCGUGGACGCCCUGGACCUCCAGGCCUCCCUCGUGUCCCUCCGUCUUUUAAAGAGGAUGGUCUUUUGUUUAUGGAUCCACACAGCCAGCUCAGGAGUGAGUCUCCCAAGAAUAAGCUGGUGAUGGACCUGCCCAUGCUGGACCAGGGCGCAGAGAUCUUUAAGACCCUCCACUACCUCAGUAACCUGAUCCAUAGCCUGAAGAACCCACUGGGCACCAGGGACAACCCUGCCCGCAUUUGCAGGGACCUGCGCAGCUGUGAACACAAGCUAAACGAUGGCACUUACUGGAUUGACCCUAACCUUGGCUGCUGGUCCGAUACAAUCGAAGUGUCCUGCAACUUUACGGGUGGUGGGCAGACGUGCCUGAAACCCGUAACUGUAGCCAAGCCCACGGUGAGCGUGGGCCGGGUCCAGAUGAACUUCCUGCACCUGCUGAGCUCAGAGGCGGUACAGCAUGUCACCAUCCACUGCCUCAAUGUCUCCGUCUGGACAUCGGACCGAGAUCUGACACCAUCGCGGGAAACUUCUGUGCGAUUCAAGGCCUGGACCGGCGAGGUGUUUGAGGCGGGAGGAGAGCUGGAGCCCGAGGUGGUGGAGGACUCUUGCUGGAUGAAAGAUGGCCGCUGGCACCAGGCCCAUUUUGUCUUCCACUCCUUGGACCCGUCCUUGCUCCCCGUGACGGACAUCGUCAACCUCCCCAAGACCACCCCCGGCUCACACUACCACCUGGAGAUAGGUCCCGUCUGCUUCCUGUAAGGCGCUGAUGCGGUCCUUCAAAAUAAAAGAGGGUGGGUCGCCGCCCUGCGACGCCGCACGCCCGAGCCACAACCCGGCCCUCCGAGCAGCUCGUGCCAACCUCUCAUUGGACUGCAGAUACAGGAAAGGGGGUGUCGGCCAGCGGGAGACCGGCGAGCAGAGGAGGAGCAGGGGGAGUUCUUGCACUAAAUUCCUCCAACAGGCCAAUUGUUUCUCCCAGCUGUGGAACAUUGACCAGCGAAGAAGGACGUUCUCAUAAGAACUUAUUUUUGUAUACGGUCUGUAUACCAUGUGAUGUAUUUUAUUUGGCAAAAUAGCAGGAAAUACAUUCUAAAAUAUAGUAAUAAUAAUGGAAACCAGUUAAAUGUACAUAAUAAGUAUGCUUAUUAUCCAUGUAAAGAAAUCAUCUUCAAGUGCAAUAGAAAAUGAGAAGAUAAGUCUACACUUAAAUUAAAUUUUUUAUUUGCCUUUGGUGCUGAUCUCCUUUGGAUUUUACUCACAUGUUUUAUUGUAUUAUUAUUAUUAUUAUUCAAUCUGAUCAGAAGCAUCUGUAUUUAUUAGUGCUCCAGUAGGGAGAGAAGCGUCAUCAUUAACUACUCGGGGUGCAAAAAGGAAUACAUUCACAUCCAAAUUGUGAUUCUUAUUCAUAAUUUUAAAAAAUCGAUUUUAAAACUUUUUUUUUUAUAUAAGACUCAAUCUAAAAAAUAUAUGUUUUCAGGCCUUCUCCGUGCAACCAGAAGGUGCUUAUUUAACUGUAACCUGUUUUGAAAUAGUUUCAUUAUAAUUUAUUUGACCACAUAAUAUAUUGCGUGUUAAAUCAAGAAUCGAUUCUGAAUCGAAUCGUUAGGUACCCAAAAAUCCACACCCCUAUUAACUAGCACCCAUCAUGAAACUCUGUGACAUGCCAUGCAGUAGAAUGAGCGUAUUAUAGAUGCAUUUUUAACCAGAUGCCACUGAUGGGAAAACACAUAGCAAAUUCAAAAAUCAAGCUCUCGACCAGCUUUUUUUAAAUCGUUUUUGGGGGGGGGUGUCUGCCACCCUUUCACCAUGCUGAGGAUGGAACGUCGAUAUCAGCGAAGGAUACCAGAGCCCGAGCUAAAAUCAGCCCUGUGGCCGACGUGACAAUCAUUGGUACUUUAACUUUAACUUAAAUAAACAACUAUUUAAGGUGCUAAUCAUAAUGCUGUAAUUACACCACUCUGCUAAAUGUUUAUAGUGCAGGCUCGCUUGGAUUAAUUUAAAAAUGUUUUAUUAAAAAAAAAAAAAAAGUAAUAUAUAUAUACAUAUAUAUAUAUAUAUUGCCAUAGCUUCCAUAAAGAUCAUGUCAUGUUUUUUAUAUUGGUUAUUAAAAAUGCAUUUGCAGAAAUCUUUUAUGUGAGGGAUGAAAGUGUCUUCUUUUGUAAAUCCAGUAUAAAACACAGGGUUUUAAGUACUUUUUUGGGGGGGGGAGGGGGUAUUUUAUUUUUUACAAGCGCCCCCAGUAAGGAUGUUUUGGAGACACAGCGUCAUGAGAAUAUGUAUUUGUUUGAACUGGACACCAGUGUGUAUAAUUGUGAAACCUUGCUGUAUACAGUGGACCCCCACCCCCUCUGGUUAUUUUAAUGUUAUUUAAUAUUUGCAAACUGAGCAACAAGAAACCGCGUCAAUAUCUUUAUACAUCAGUUUCCCCAACUGGUCUUGGAGUUUAUCAUUUUUAUGUGUACAUUUGGUGCUCCAGAGAGAACAAAGUUAUAACAAUAAUUAGCUUUUAUUUUUUUAUUAUUUUUUUCUUCAUUGUUGGGCUUUUUUUCCUCUCUGUUUUUCUCUCUAUGAUAAUCAACCAUGUACUGUAUCAGGUGCUAUUCUAUUACAUUUGUUAAAAAAAAAAAAAAAUGCAAAUAUGUGAAAUGUUUCCUUUUAUUUUGUAAAUCUGUUGUAGACAUUAAAGCAAGCUGAGAAUACCUCACUUUUUUCCGCAUGGCCGUUUAAACAACAAGGUUGUUCUAUUUUUAUCCUUUAUGAACACCAUAUUAGGAAGUACUGUAUUUAGUGGAAUGAAUAAUUCUGAACAUGAAAUCGACGCUACAAACCUUUUGUCUGUCAUC